AGUACCAUCAUCAAUGGGCAUACAUGUUAUGUUAAACGUGCCGAAACCGGUCUGGAAUAUGAUUACUGCCUUGAGCUGUCUUUUGGUGAAGUUUCUUUUACUUCUACGACCAAAACAUGAACGACUUUUCGAUCAUAUCAAGAGAUCACACAGAAGAUCUACGUUCAAAGAAGUUUAUACAAGUUUCGUGCUAAUUGCUAGUUUUCUCGGAAACAUUUAAUAUUCCUCAAACACGAUGGCUACCCACGUGGAGGGGCUGAAGGAUGAGGUGUACCUGCCGCCAGAGGAGCUGGCCAGAGGUGCCCACUGCUCCUCCAUGCAGCAGUACAACGACAUGUACACACAGUCCAUUGAUGAGCCGGAGGCGUUCUGGGGCCAAAUAGCCAAACAGUUCCACUGGAAGACGCCGCACUCUGGCAAAUUUUACGACUACAACUUUGACGCGGCCAAAGGCAAGGUCUUCAUUGAGUGGAUGCGCGGAGCGACGACCAACGUCUGCUAUAACGCGCUGGACCGCCACGUCGAGAACGGGGACGCCGACCGCGUGGCGUUCUACUGGGAGGGUAACGAGCCGGCCGAUGACGAGGUGGUUACCUACGGCCAGCUCCUGGAGCGCGUCCGCCGCUGCAGUAACGCCCUGCGCGCGCUCGGCGUGCGCCGCGGGGACCCAGUGGCCGUCUACCUGCCCAUGAUACCCGAGCUGGCCGUCACAGUGCUGGCCUGCGCGCGCAUCGGCGCCGUGCACUCGGUCGUGUUUGGCGGUUUUUCGGCGGACGCGCUGGCCGACCGGAUCCUGGACGCCAAGUGCGAGGUCAUCGUCACCUCUGACGGCUUCUGGCGCGGCAACAAGCUGGUGCACCUGAAGGAGAUCGCCGACCACGCGGUCCAGGAGUGCGCCGAGAAGGACCACACGGUCCGGAAGGUGCUGGUGGUGCGGCACCUGCCGCGGCUCAAACAGCACACGGGCACCAACGGGGCCACCGACGGCGAGCAGCCCGCCAAGAAGAUGGAGUACGACAUCGAGGCGGCCUGGAGCGCCGACCGGGACGUCUGGUGGACAGACGCCAUGAAGGAGGCGGCGCCCGACUGCGAGCCCGAGUGGAUGGAUGCAGAGGACCCGCUCUUCAUGCUCUAUACCAGCGGCUCGACGGGUAAGCCGAAGGGCGUGCUGCACACGACGGCCGGCUACAUGCUGUACGCGGCCACCACGUUCAAGUACUCGUUCGACUACCACCCGGAGGACGUAUACUGGUGCACGGCAGACGUGGGCUGGAUCACGGGACACUCGUACGUGGUGUACGGGCCGCUGCUCAACCGGGCCACCUCCGUCAUGUUUGAGGGCUCUCCGUUUUACCCAAACGGCGAGCGUCCGUGGCAGAUAGUCGACAAGUACGCCGUCUCCAAGUUCUACACAGCGCCUACCGCCAUCCGCGCACUGAUGAGACUCGGAGACGAGCUGGUCACCAAGUACAGCCGUCGCUCGCUGAAGGUGCUGGCCACGGUGGGUGAGCCCAUCAACCCGGAGGCAUGGCUGUGGUACCACCGGGUGGUGGGCGACGCGCGCUGCGCCGUCGUCGACACGUUCUGGCAGACGGAGACGGGCGGCCACGUCAUCACUCCGCUGCCCGGCGCCACGCCCACCAAGCCGGGAUCGGCGUGCCGGCCGUUCUUCGGCGUGCAGCCGGCGCUGCUCGAUGAACAGGGGGUGGAGAUCCACGGCCCCGGCGAGGGAUACCUGGUGUUCCGCCGGCCCUGGCCGGGCAUCAUGCGGACCGUGUUCGGCAACCACGAGCGCUUCGAGACCACCUACUUCAAGAAGUUCAACGGUUUCUACUGCACGGGCGACGGCGCGCGGCGAGAUGAGGACGGCUACAUCUGGGUGACGGGACGGAUCGACGACAUGCUGAACGUGUCUGGACACCUGCUCUCCACAGCCCAGAUCGAGUCGGCACUGAUCGAGCACCCGGCCGUGGCUGAGGCGGCCGUGGUGGCCGUGCCGCACUCCAUCAAGGGAGAGGCCGUUUACUGCUUCGUCACCAACAAGCAGGGCACCGAGUGGAGCGACCAGCUGAAGAAGGACCUCAUCCUCAAAGUACGCGAGCGGAUCGGUGCGUUCGCGGCGCCCGACUACUUGCAGAGCGCGCCGGGCCUGCCCAAGACGCGCUCCGGUAAGAUCAUGCGGCGCGUGCUGCGGAAGAUCGCCGUCGGAGACCGCCAGCUGGGCGAUGUGAGUACGAUGGCCGACUCGACCGUCAUAGACACACUGUUUGAGCUGCGCAGCGUCCACCUCAAGUAGCGGCGGCGGUGUGGCGGGCGGGCCGCCCCCAGAGCUACUGCUGCGGCAGUGUGGAGGGCGGGUCGUCCCAGAGCCCCAGUAGCGCAGUCGGUAGCGGACGGCGGCGACGGUAGCGGGUGGUGCGGCGGCGCGGCUGCCGGUGGUGCCUCAGUGAUGUGGUGCGCCGUCCCAGCGUCUCAGUAGCGGGCGGCGGCAGCGGUAGCGGGGUGGUGCGGCGGCGGCACAGCUGCCGGCGGCGCCAGGGAACCAUAACCCGGUGAUGGGGCUGAUCAAAGCCGGCCCGGCGCUCUUUUCUAACGUACAAACGGUGUCCAGUAUUGGUGUAUCACCGACGGCGACCACGGCUCAAAACGCAGCAGGUGCCGAGGAUCACGAGUGCAGUGUAUUUUUUACGGCUCUUUUUGGACGAGCUGUGCGCCAGAGAUGUAUAUCGGGUGUUUGUGAGACGAAAGAGCGGCUCAUUUCGCGAGCGUCAUUUGGAUGUGCACACGCGUCGUGGAACAAACCUAUGUUUUAUACCAUUGUGGUGGACAAUUUUGUUUGACGGUCGAUUUCGGCUGGCGUAUGGAUGAACAAAGAACAUGUUUUUUUUUUGGGCGAGACUAUUUUAGACUUGCUGCUGCAAUACCUCCAUGUUUUACUGAGCGUGGCUGGCGUGCCUGGGCGAGCCUUGGCUGGAUCAUGGCGUGCUUGGAUUAUGCGCGCGUGUGAGAGCUUUGCUGCCUGAGUUCAGACAGUAUAGAUAGGUUUGUGCAGAGUCGUUUUACUAGAUUUAGUGGUCGACAGUGGUGGUAGGAAUAAAGUGCUUUGAGAUGAUCA